AAAGACGUCAGCGGAUUCCUCAAUGAAUUUCCAAGAUGGCGGCGGAAGUUAGCCGUUCACCUGAUGCAGACGAUGAUUUUUUGGAAGAAACCUCCGUAAAACCAAUAGUUUAUUCAUCUGAAGUCGAAGAAGCUAUUUCACAGGUUUUUGAAAGUGAUGACCCUCUUGACAGUAAAGAUUUCAACCCAGUUGAUUAUAUAAACUCAAUAUUUCCAACAGAACAGUCUUUAGCUAACAUUGAUGAUGUUGUCAACAAGAUGCGCUUAAAARUAAGGAGUCUUGAUGAAGAAAUAAGAUUAGUCGUGAGAGGACAGACAAACAUAGGACAUGAAGGCCGACAUGCUCUUGAAGAAGCACAGGAAGCUAUAAAACAGCUUUUUGAAAAAAUUAGAGACAUCAAAGAGAAGGCAGACAAGUCUGAACAUAUGGUUAAAGAAAUAACAAGGGACAUCAAACAACUGGACCAUGCCAAGCGGCACUUAACAACUUCAAUAACAACCCUCAACCACCUGCACAUGCUUGUGGGAGGUGUCGACGCACUAACGGUAUUGUCGAAGAAACGACAGUAUGGAGAAGUGGCCAACCUCCUUCAAGGAGUCGUAAAUGUUCUUGAACACUUCAAGAAGUACUUCAGCAUUCCACAAAUAAGACAGUUGGCAGAUAAGGUCAAUAAGAUUCAAAGUGAAGUUGGAACUCAAAUUUUACAGGACUUUGAAGAAGCAUUAUCAGUACGAGGGGCUAAGCCACCAUCUGGACCAAAUUCUCUGUUAGCUGAGGCAUGUCAGGUUGUCAAGGUUCUAGACCCUAAAGUAAAGAACCAGCUACUAACAUGGUUUGUUCGGCUGCAGUUUACAGAAUAUCAACAGCUUUUUAACGAAACAUUUGAGGUUGCCUGGUUAGACAAGAUAGACAGAAGAUUUUCUUGGCUCAAAAGAGCUUUAGUCAAAUUCGACGAAGAUUUCGCUGGCACAUUUCCACCGGAAUGGCGCGUAGAGGAAAGAAUAGCUGAAGAAUUCUGCAAAAUCACAAAAAAAGAGUUAUCGAAAAUCAUGUCAAAUCGUGCUUCAGAAAUCGAGGUAAAAUUGCUGUUGUUCGCAAUUCAAAGAACCACAAACUUCGAGAACCUGUUGGCCCAGAGAUUUGCCUUAAGCGAAGAUGAUGUCUCAGAAAAGAAAGAAGCACCAAGCAAGGUCCCUCCACAUCUUAAACAGUCAAAGUUUACUGGAAUGAUUUCGCGAUGUUUUGAGCCUCAUUUGAACAUCUAUAUCGACUCACAGGAUAGAAAUCUAUCGGAGUUGAUCGAUCGUUUYGUCCAGGACUUCAAAUCUCAAACUAUCCCCCAACCUGAGGGUGAUGGUAGUAACGUGGUCUUUCCAAGUGCCGGUGAACUCUUCGUGUUUUAUAAGAAAUGUAUGGUGCAGUGUUCUCAACUAAGCACAGGACCCCCUUUACUUUCCCUCACAACAACAUUCCAGAAAUACCUAAAGGAGUAUGCUGUCCGUGUCCUUGGCAACCAUCUGCCUGUCAAGGGUUCAGGUGGUCUGGCCAGCAUCCUCAAAGAUGCAGGUGAGGUGAAGUUCAGCACAGAAGAAAAGAGUCUGACAUGCUGUGUGUUGUGUACUGCUGAUUACUGCCUGGAGACAACACAACAGUUGGAAGACAAGCUCAAGGAAAAAAUUGAUCCCGAACUUGCAGAAAAAAUAGAGUUGAGUGGAGAACAAGACGUUUUCCACGGUGUCGUUUCAAAUUGUAUACAACUUAUUGUCCAAGAUUUAGAAAAUUCUUGCGAAGCUCCACUUACGGCAAUGGUCAAGGUUCAUUGGCAGACCGUCGAAGCUGUUGGUGACGAAAGCACCUACGUCACAGCCAUAUCAAACCAUCUCAAAGACAGCAUCCCGCUCGUUAGGGAUUAUCUUUCCUCAGCCAGAAAAUAUUUCACGCAAUUCUGUGUCAAGUUUGCAAAUUCUUUCAUUCCUAGAUACAUCAACAACCUGUACAGAUGUAAGCCAAUCAGUACUGUAGGAGCUGAACAGUUGCUGCUUGAUACCCACUCACUGAAGACAAUACUGCUUGAUCUACCAUCCAUCGGGUCCAAAGUCCAGCGUAAACCACCCUURAGUUACACGAAAGUAGUAGCCAAAGGAAUGUCUAAAGCAGAAAUGAUACUCAAGGUUGUCAUGUCCCCUCACGAUCCGGCCGUUGGUUUCGUAGAUAACUACAUCAAACUCCUCGCAGAUACUGAUACAUCCAACUUCCAAAAACUGCUAGAUAUGAAGGGGCUCAAACGCAGCGAACAACACACCAUGCUUGAUCUCUUCCGCUCUCGUCUUCCCACCCCUCCGUCUGCUGGCGAGGUUUCUGGAGGAACCCCUUCCCAGAAUCCACCGGAACCUGAGUCAAGUCGAAUCAAGAAACUAGAAAGGCUAAUUAAAAAACAAUUCUAGGUCACGUGAAGAUAUGACGUCAACCGGAAAUGACGUCACGGGAGUGGGAUUUACAUAACAGUAACGGAUACUAAAACUAGACAGACUAUCACGGACCUAUCUAAACAAAACCACAGGGAUCCCAUGCCCAUUUUCGUUCGUCAAAAAUUCCUUGCUUUUUUUAAAAUGAAUUGUAACAAGAGAAAAUAAAUAUUUAUGCUCUCUUAAUUCUAAGCAUUUAGGUAGUCAAAAUGCAUCACUCCAAGACAGUAUGAGAAUAUACCAUACAAGAAAACCCACUACCUGUGCGGUUCGACAAUCUCAAAUUUACCUAAUUUCAAAUUCGUUAUAAUUAAGGUACAAAAUUAUAAUAAAAAUUAAUUUUUAACUUGACCAAAA